AACCAAGAUCGUCAUCACUACGAAUCUUUCGCUGUUUUCGAGAAUCUGCCUUCUUACGCAAUUCAUUUGGACAACGGGCGAGCGUUUGGAAGAACAGAUAUAGAUGAUGACGAUAUCAUUUUACCUCUGCGUCAGUGCUGUGUUAUUAGACCAUCGACAUUAAACACCCUGCUGCAGUUCUAUUCUAAGCCGCAGGCUUUGACUAAAACUCUUCAUGCGUCUCUUGUCAAGGACCCUGUUGCACCGAUUCUGGCGUACAAGCACUAUGUUGCUAUUGAAAGAAGACUAGGGAAACUCAUGUCAUUCAUACUGGAUUGUUUCAAACAAAAACCGGUUGAGCGUAUUUUGCUUACUGAGUUCCAUAACACAAACAUUCCUGAAGGCAACGUUGAAGAGGAGGAGAAAAGUGAAGAAGAUACGGGUGACAAGAAGGAGGACAAGCAGAACUAGUC